AUGGAUUCCUCUUCAGACUUGUCCGACCCGCCGCCCUCGCCGCCCUCCGACCCGCCUACAUCCCCAUUGUCCGAACUCUCAAAGUCGCCCUCCCUUUCGCCCACAUCUCGCUACGUUUCGCCGCCCUCUACGUUGCCUUCAGGAAGCGCUUCGCCCAUGAAAAUGUCAGAACCUGUAGUAAAAGACUCCAUCUGUGUCAAUACUGAAGGCGCAAGACCCGCAAAGCGACGCAAAAUUGAGAAGAAGCCUCGGACCACCGAGUACUUGGAUCUGCGAGCUGGCUAUGACCACAACGAAGAUGAUGAGGACUUGGUCAACCGCCUGACCUCUACAUUGCGCCAGAAGAAGAAAAUCGUCAUCAUUGCAGGUGCAGGAAUCUCCGUCUCUGCAGGCAUACCUGAUUUCCGUUCUUCAAAAGGCCUUUUCAAAACGCUCAAGACAGAGCAUAAAUUGAAGGCGUCUGGGCAGCAGCUAUUUGAUGCUUCUGUAUAUAAGCACAAUGAUUCUACCGAGACAUUUCACGCCAUGGUCCGAGCACUGUCGGAUCAGACCAAGCAGGCAAAGCCAUCUGCCUUUCAUCAUAUGAUCGCCUCCAUCGCAGAGGAGGGCCGUCUGUUGCGCUUGUACACGCAAAACGUUGAUGGUAUCGAUACCUCCAUGCCACCACUAGCCACCACAGUCCCUCUGGCGCAGGUCGGUGAGGAGAAGGGUUCGUGGCCCAAAACGGUCCAACUCCAUGGCGGCCUUGAUAAGAUGAGCUGCUCCAAAUGCAGCGAACUCUACGACUUUGAUGGUUCAGUAUUCAACGGCCCUGAGCCACCUCCAUGCCCCGGCUGUACAGAGAUAGACAAUGUACGGACCUCUCAUGCCGGCAAACGGAGCCACGGCGUCGGUAGACUGAGACCUCGAAUGGUUCUUUACAAUGAACACAACCCUGAUCAAGAUGCCAUCACCAAGGUCAUCAAGGCUGAUACAAAAACACGCCCGGAUGCUGUCGUCGUGGUUGGAACCAGCAUGAAGAUUCCAGGUGUACGAAAGCUUGUGCAGGACCUGUGCUACUAUACGAGACUGCGACGGGAUGGCUUUACUGCUUGGAUCAAUCUUGACCAGGAACCAAGUGGUGUCGACUUGAAGGACUGCUGGGAUCUGGUCGUACGAGGCAAAUGUGACGAUGUUGCCACGCUUGUAGGUCUGCCUCAUUGGGAUGAGAGCCCAGCUCUAGGUCAUGAUGUCAAGGUGGACGACAAGAAGUUUGAACAGGUCAAGGAGACACUCCGAACGACGGAAUUGGAAGUUCAAAUUCCCCGGUCUCCUGAAUUGUCUAUUGCCUCUGUCAAGGAGGAGUCUCGUGCUACAACACCGGCCGAGGCACAGUCACAGAUGUUGGAGAAGAUUCGCGGCAUGCCUACCCCAACAGCUAGUCCCAAGAUGCGAACCGCACUGCCUCAGAUAUCUCAGAAACCUCUGGCAAAGACGAAGCAGAGCCAGCUUCUCUUUUCCAAUGCUGCCUCCAAGUCAACACCUGCUCCAGCGGGCAAAGAGACAAAGAAACGAAGCCGUAAGCCUGCACAGACGAAGAAGGCUGAACCAAAGCCCAAACCGACCAUCAAGAAUGCUUUCAAGGCAACCAAAUCGCAAGUUGCUGCAUCUGCCAAGGGCCCUGCCAAAAGAGGUCUGGAUAGUGAUCAGUCGUUGAAAGCGAUGGACGAUGCCCAAACCAACUGGAAAUCCAACUUUCCAUUUUCGCUACGCCCCAGCGCCACUAGCGAGUCAAAAGGAGAAAGGGAACGUAUUCGCUUUGAAAGCACAACUGGCCAACUUCAAACAUCUUUGAGAGAAACCGAGACUCAACGAGGACCUACAACACCCAAACAGGAGGGGUCGUCUAGCGAGACGGAGACCAUUAGCCCGCCGUCCAAGCCAAGAGGAUUGUCCGCCAUGAUAGACUGA